CACGAGUACUCUUGAUAGCAUGGCCAGCGGUUUUUGGGGACUGUUCAACCAGACCCACUUUAUGGCUAGCGUGAUAGCGGACUGCAUCCUUGCAGGACUAUUUUUGUUGCCUCAAAGUUGAAGAUCAGCAGAAAAGAACUGCAAAGUCACACCCCAAAAACCAACAACUCGCAUUUUGACAGCUUUAUUCAACCUCUGGCUACUUGAUCAUCGCGAUGGCCGACGAAGACCAACAAAAAGCGAGGGAUAUCGCCGAUCGCGAGGUAGCAAGACUUUGGCGCGCAUGGAGAACCGUUCACCAGAUGGUCAAUGACAGAGGUUAUGAGCUGAAUGAAGAUGAGCUGAGCAUCUCGCUCGCUGAGUUCAAGCACCGAUUCACAAAUGACGGCGUUCCGGAUCGCAAGAAGAUGAUCUUCACCGCUCGGCCAAGUGUCGAGAUGGUCGCGCGAUACUCUACUCCAGCAACCGCCGCGAACCCAAACCCACCCAAGGCUGAUGUGGGCACGAUCUACAUCGAAUUUCUCGCAGAUACCAAUGUUGGUAUCAAGCAAAUGCGAUCGUUCGCCCAGGUUCUAUCCCAGGGCAACUUCCACACGGGCAUCCUGGUCACGCAUGUCCACAUCACACCUGCGGCCAUGAAGAUUGUUCCCGCCGUUGCGUCAGAGACCAGAAUCGAAUGCUUCCUGGAGCAGGACCUCCUCGUCAACAUCACCCACCACGAAUUGGUCCCGAAACACGUUUUGCUGAGCAAGGAAGAGCGAUCCAAGUUAUUGCAGCGUUACCGCCUGAAGGACACCCAGUUGCCUCGCAUCCAAGUGGGAGACCCAGUUGCCAGAUAUCUGGGUUUGAGGAGAGGACAAGUCGUCAAGAUCAUCAGGACCAGUGAGACGGCUGGGCGUUAUGCCAGUUACAGGUUGUGUGUUUGAGGUAGGACGGUUUCUGUGCGAGCAGUGGGAGUUAUUGGGUGGCGUUAUCAAGGUAGAAAAUGCAUAGGCGCAGGCGUACAAGUACGGCGGAAACGGGGUCAAGCCGCAGUGUAUUAUACAGUACAAUGGACCAAUCUUUAUAGGAAUUCCCGACACUCCACCGUUUAUUUGGGCUUCUGGAAGACUUUGGCUGUACUAGAUGAUGACCUGUGCUGUCCUAUCGAGCAGUUGGGCUGGAAACUGUAUUCGCCUUCCACGCCUCUUCUCACCUCUAAUAAUGGGAUGAAGAUAUCAAUCCACAGUCGGAUACUAUACAAGGCUAUAGUUUAUAUGCCAUUGGGGUCAUCCAAAAUUCAAUGCUCAUAUUCCAAUAUGAAGAAGUUUAUAGAACAAGCUGACAAGCUGCAUCUACACCAUCACAAGCUAACCCAAGAAAUGCUUAUAACCUACCAUAACCAUAACAUGGAAAAACUCAACAUAUAAACCGUAUUUUUCACUUGCCAUAAUAAAUCCUGUUAUAUAAAACUUCAUUUACAGUAUGAAUCAAAAAUUAGACAGACAGC